CUUCUCUUGCUAGCAAUUUAAAAGCAAACCUAACAUCUAACUCUGACUACCAUUCUCUCUCUUUCUCUCAACUCACCGCAGCCCAGCAUCAGAAAAACCUUGUUAGAGGGACUGAUCAGAGACUAGAUAGAGAAAAGUGAAGUGAAACCCAGAAAGGAAGAGCGCCAUGAAGCUGGUUUGGUCUGCAGAUACAGCUUCAAAAGCUUAUAUAGACACUGUUAAAUCAUGUCAAAAUUUCAAAGAAUCAGGCCUAGCUGAGCUCCUAUCAGCCAUGGCCGCCGGCUGGAACUCCAAGCUGAUUGUCGAGUCAUGGUCAUACGGUGGUCCCAUAGCAACCAGCGUCGGCCUCGCCAUAGCAGCCCAUCACACGUGCGGCAGGCACGUGUGCAUAGUCCCGGACGAAUGGUCAAGGUCAGGCUACGUCAAGGCCAUGCACGCAGCCGGGAUUGCAUCGACGGUAGUGAUCGUCGGAGAAGCGGAGGAAGUGAUGGAGGGGCUCGCGGGUGUUGAUUUCCUUGUCGUGGACUCCAAGCGGAAGGAUUUUGCCAGGGUUAUAAGGUUCGCCAAAUUGAACCACAAGGGUGCAGUUUUGGCAUGCAAGAAUGCAUGUCACAAGGGCUUCUCCGGGUUCAGAUGGCACGAGGUGCUUCAAAGAGGGACACGUGUGGUGAGAUCUGUGCUCUUGCCGGUAGGGCAGGGAGUAGAUAUUGCUCAUAUUGGGGCUCAGGGUGGGGGUGUGGGCUCUAAGAAGAGUCCUAGCCGUUGGAUCAAGUACACCGAUCAACAAUCAGGGGAGGAGCAUGUUUUCCGAGACUAAAUUUUGUGUUGCUUUGCAGCUCUAGCCUCUAGGGGAGUAAACGAUGGGCAAAUCCUAAUGUAAAUAGUUAUAAAAAUAUCACUAAAUGUUUUUCCAUGCACAGAAACAUUUUUGUCCUCCUAAAUCCGAGUUUAGUGAAUUGUCCCAA